AUGGCGGUGCGGUGGGGCGCAGGCGAGGAUACGUUAACGGCAUGCAAUAUGGAUUUUUUCCCGUUGGAUACACUCGGCGAGCCUGCUGAAUUGUGCUCUGGAGAAACACCAGAGGUUCUUCAAAACUGCUUGGACCCCUCUAUUUUAUCUAUUUUUGAUGACACACUGUCAAUAGAGAAUAAAGGACUAGACGAGGCUGGUGAAUCUACGCUUUUAACCGCUCUGGCAGAGAUCCUCGACAGUAUGGAUGAUGAGAACCCCUCCCCAUUUGACACGUUGCCUGAAUCAGAUCUGCUGUCUGGUCUUGGCAGGGAACACUCGCCGCACAGGAGAUCACUCUGUUUACCACGGUACCAUUCAGAGAAAGCCUCAUUUAAUUCAAGACCACUAUCAACUGGAAAGAACCUCCCCAAGAUGACAAGAGACUCCCUGCAGAGAAGUGAUGGGGAGGAAGAUGAUGUUGGCUCUCUUACCUUGAGCCCUCUAAGGCCAACUUUACCUUCUGACUGCACUUUGUCAGGCAGGGGUGGCCUUACCAUCCCGUUCCCUGCCAUUGUUGAGCAGGAGAGUGGUGCCAGUCUUUCAGUCAGCCUGUGUGACUUUGUCAAACACAUGCAUUCCUACUGCAGGACUGUUUGCAUGGAAGAUGCUAAGGGCAUGGAGAUGUUGCCCGAAGAAAAGAUUGCAAUUGAGGCGUUCAAACAGGGUGCAAAUGGAGAGAUCUUAGACACACAAGACCCCCCAGUUAUUCAACCAAUUGAACAGUCUACAAAAAAAGUGAUAAUGGAAGAAGAAAUAGGUUCUGACAGCUCAGAGCAUAUAGUUGUUGACGAUGAUGAUGAAGAUGAAGCAUUCUGUCAGGAUCCAAAGAUACUUUCUGGCUUGGUUUCAAAAGAGAAAGAUAACAUUUUGAUUAACAUGCAGAAGGAAGAUUCUAUAGUGAGAAGACCAUCACGUAGAAAAAGAAAAAAGAAAUGUAAGAAAAAUCGUCCACCGGUCCAAAGAGUCCUUAGGAGUGCUACAAUGAGAGACCGAAAUUCACUCCAAAGGACAGAAAUAAAGCAACUCAAGAGACAGAAGAAAAAUAAAAUGCCGAAGUCCCCAGCUGGUCUUGCACAAUUCUCUGUAAAACCUAAAGAAAUAACCUUGCAACAAAAGGAAUCCCAACCAGGAAUGACCACUCUUACUCCUAAAUCUAAUGUGAAAGCUGUUAGGUGUGUGUCGCCACAGGCGACAGGACUUUUAAAAUGUGGCAUGCCUAAAAGUGAGUCCCCAACAGUCUCCUCCCAGGAGCCAGAUAAAAUGUCCAAACAGGUGUUGCAAGCUCCUGGUGAGCACUCCAGUCAACUAUCUUUGGUGUCUCCUAGCGAACAAGCGUCUGCUGGAAACACAUCAUCGACUUUAGUUAACUCUCUUCCGCAUGCAGCCACUGCCCAUCCUGAGCCAAAGCCUAAGUCCCUCAGUCUGGCAGAGUAUCGACAACUCCGGCUGCAGAAGAAGCCUGUUGUGGUGGAAAUGCAAAGCGACAACAGCACCAAGUGGCCCACCCUUCCCGAACUGCCCAAAGAAUUGCCCGCCAUCCCCUGCCUGACCCAAACCAGUUCGAGAGAUCCUCGCCGGUCCACCUUCAAGACUGCAAAGGAGGUAGCUGAGGUCAAACCUGCCUGGCAACCAUGGGGACCAUGUGCCCCAGCCACACCUGAAGCGCUUUUAGUACCACCAGCUUAUAUCGUCGCAUCAACUAAGACUGCGAAUGCAGUCCCUACACAAGCAAAAUUGUUCAAAGGACCUGUGAACCUAUCAAAAGACAAGUGUCCAAAACUGGCAGAAGAAAUGACUGAAGUCACUGAGAAUCCUCUACAGUUGGCCAAAGACACUUCAAAGGCCAUCCAGUGCAACUCUGCUUCUACCGCUCCUCUUCCCACUCCCCUGCAGGAGACCCCACAUUGCCAGAAUGUUCCAAAGGUCGUAUCUCACUCCACCCAUUCGUCAAACGAUCACAACACUUCUAUAAAAGCCUCGAUAACGAACACCAAGCUCUGUUCAACUCCUUUAAUUUAUCCCUUGAAUUCCCAAAGUCUGAACUCCAAACAUUUUGCGUGUAAACCGAAACCACAAGUCACGACACCAGCAGGAGCUCCGAAGGCAAAGAGCCCCACACAGGAGCUGAUUGAGUCUUUCACCACUGAGAUGGGUAUUGAGGCAGCUGAUCUAACCAGCCUUUUAGAGCAGUUUGAGGAAACUCAAGGUGAGCAAACCCCAUUCUCAUCUUUAGCCAAAGAACAACAAAGUGUACCGGAGGUCUAUGGUAGAGCAGCAGCUGUAGGAAACUCUAGUGCGGAAUUUGCACGUGAGAGAAUGGUUGUGGAGCGUGUCAGAGCCAACGACCUUUCAAGCCCUGCAGCUUUGACUCCUCCAGCCACUCCUCCACAUCAGAUGUGGAAACCUUUAACUCCUAUUAACCUGUUGGGAAAGGCCAAAGCUUCACAGUCAUCCAAAACGAACCCUUCCAAGGCUAUUCAAAUAGAGGCUCGUCCUUUGACCUCAGCGAGAUUAUACGUCAAGCCCACCGUGGCUGCUGCCACUGUGCCUUAUGAUAUUGUGUGCAUGGAUCAUGACUACUGCUUGCCCACUAGGGACGAUGCUUCUACAGGCAAAGCAGACAAAUGCUUGAAAGUGAAACAGCAGAUUACAAUUAAACUCAUCCAACACCCUGCUGCAGCCAAUACAACACCAGCAUGUGUCCAGGCCACCACCUGCCAAUCAAACCCCAGCAUGGAAGUCUCAUCCUCACCUCCAGAGGGUCUGGAUAAUGGCAUUAAUAGGAUGGGGCAAUCCUCUGUUCUGGAGACACCCGAAGCUUCUCCAACUCGUGAGGAGAGCGAAUCGACCGAAAGUACUCCUCGAAAAAGGUCUGUUGAGAGGUAUCGUCAGCACAGUGCCUCUCGCAGUCCCAGCCCCAAACGGAGAGGGCAAAAACGAAGAUCCCGACGUUCUCCAUCUGUGUCAAGCAGCUCAGAAUCAGAUUCCUACUUGUCGAGAUCUCCGUUGCCAUCCAAGAAAAGGUUUCGUAAUAGAUCUGGAUCUUCAUCCCGGUCCUCUUCUCUGUCUUCCGUCUCACGCUCUCCUUCCAGGAAGAGAAAAUACUCAUAUUCUUCUUCGAACUCCAGUUCUCGGAGUCGCUCAAGAUCCCGGUCUCAUUCUCCCCAAAGACGAGUGCCGUGGAGGCGAACAAAGACAGUUUAUAGUUCUUCAUAUCGGGGUACUUAUGGAUACUCUGCUGACAAUGUGAAGUCUCGCAAGGACAAAGCCAUUGAGGAGAGGCGGGUAGUUUACAUUGGUCGGAUUCGGGGCACAAUGACCCAAAGGGAGCUCAGAGAGCGUUUCUCAUAUUUUGGUGAGGUGGAAGAUUGUACUCUGCACUUUAGGGAACAUGGGGACAACUACGGGUUUGUGACAUACUACGAUACCAAGGAUGCCUUUACCGCCAUUGAGAAUGGAAGCAAGCUGCGUAAGCCAGACGAGCUGCCAUUUGAGCUGUGCUUUGGUGGAAGACGGCAGUUCUGCAAAACCACCUAUGCUGACCUAGAUUCUAGCAGAGACUAUGACCCGGCAUCAGCAAAUGGCAAGAUGAAGACACUAGACUUCGACACUUUACUGAAACAGGCCCAGCGGAGUCUGAGGAGGUAA